UUUUAAAGAGGACGCGAAAAAAGCCGUAAUCGAAAUGGUCAAUGAUAUUAAACAGGAAUUUACAAAGAUUUUGAAGAAGGUGGAUUGGAUGGAUGAAAACACCAGAAAAAACGCUUUAGAAAAAGCAGCCAUCAUAACUUUACAUAUUGCGUAUCCAAUUGAACUAUUGGACGACAGAAAGCUCGAGAAUUUUUAUAAAGGACUUGAAUUCAGUAUUGAUAAUUAUUUCGAAAACAUUUAUAACUUGUCUAUCUUUGGAAGAAAUUUUUAUUAG